AUGGAGCAGGCAGUGACCACGUGGGGGACAGUGUGGAGUCUCUGGAGGUCACAGGCGUCAAUGCCACCAGGUAUAAGGCAAGGGUGACCCCGGCAGGUCAGAUCGAGGACGACGGAGAUUUCAGCGACUUCUACAAACUUCCCGAUGAGUUGGAUGAGUUUACGCGACUGGAGAUACAGGCAUCGCAGGAUGAGGAGCUGGCGAGAUUAUUGCAAGAACAAGAGCAUAAGGUACUGGUGGCAAAAAGAUCACAUUUUAUUGUUCUCCAUAAAGAGCUGAGGGGGACACAGCGUCCUAGGAGAAACACGCAGAUACUCGAUAAAUAUUCUCCCCACAUGAGAAAUGGGCUUGAGUCUUCUGCAUUUGCUGGUAAAGUGCCGAACCGCUACACCAGAGACGUCUGUAUUUCUGCUCUGAUUGCAUUUGCUACAAGUCAUUUCUGGUUCAUUUUGUCCCCAAAAAAUUGUUCAGUUGCUUUUGCGCCUGAAAUGUUGCUAGUGAGGUUAGUGAUUGUGCCAUUAUAUCAUUUGAAAGUUUACUUGAAGUGUAAUGAUACCUGGGAUUGUCAUUGGCGUUUGACGGACAAAGUUGACACUGUAGAUAAUCAGUUUCUCUUUGCUGCGAUCAGUAUACGUCAUCCAAAUUUCUUUGAGCAACUCUGGGUGACCCCGGCAGGUCAGAUCGAGGACGACGGAGAUUUCAGCGACUUCUACAAACUUCCCGAUGAGUUGGAUGAGUUUACGCGACUGGAGAUACAGGCAUCGCAGGAUGAGUUGCUCACCAACUUUUCUGUUGUGCUUUUCUCCCUUGCAGGAGCUGGCGAGAUUAUUGCAAGAACAAGAGCAUAA